AUGAUGCACGUGAUCUCAGAUCUGGAGAUCUCUCCUCCCCCAUCAACGCGGAUUGGCGGAGGACCCCUUUCACAUAUAUGGCGUUUGUCGCUUAGAAGAAAACUCCCCCCAAUCCGUCAGACGUUACUAACCUCCAUGACCUCCAAGCGCGGGCGAAAGCGCAAUGACAACUUACCGCCCAACCGUGCCCGGGAUGUUCAACGCGCAUUCAGAGCCCGCCGUGCUGCUCAUCUAUUGGCGUUAGAAGAACGCGUGUCAGAACUUGAGGAGGAAAACAGCUGUCUGCGACAGGCGUUGAAUCUUCCCCAGGCUAGCCGUGCACCGCUAGGGAAGGGGCCGACCGGCAAAGACAAACCGAAAGCCACCUCUGCUCACGACCUUCCUCACGACUCGCCACCACCGCUGGCCGCCCAUUCGUUCCAUUCUCAUUCUCACCACGACUCAUCACCGCCAUCGACUGGAUCCGCUGACUCUCAGUGCGGGUCUGCAUCGCCGGAGCUUGUGUCCCGGUCUGCCAUUGAAGAAAUUCAAAAUGGCACAGGACCCUGGGGACAGACGAUAGUGAUGGAAGAGAUGCCUCAGUAUCAGACUCUGUCUCCGCUCCCGGCGUCGGCGACCUUGGCUCCCAAAGCCGUCGUAUACUCAUCCUCAUACACGACCUCACGAACGUCAUCAUCCUCGCUGGCGCCAAUGUACCAUAUGUACCCACCCAGUGAACGCUCACAUUCCACGCCUGCCUACUACGACCAGACGACGACGCCCCUUCCGGUGCCGCAGCAGGCACAUCGCUCAUACUCUUUUACCCCGGACAGCCAUGCGCACUCUCCGUACGACCCGCCGUACCCGCCGGCUCCCCAGAGGCGGGUGACAGCGGGCGAUUACACACUUGAGGGACAAGUACGGCACCAGGGCUCCCACGGGGGGCCGAUCCGACUGCCUUCGCCGCCGCGAGGAUUGCACGAGCAUUCCGUGCUGCCCCCCCAUCAUAGGGCGGUGUACUCUGCGAGCGGACAUAUAAUGUCCUGAUAUCGGCUUGUAUCAUUAGCUAGCCAUGUAAUUGUAUACAACCUCUAGUUUACAUACCCACCUAACUACAGUACCCUACAUAAAAUCGAAUCUAGUAGGUAACUCGUCAUUACCCCAACGCAUCAAAUUCUAUCAAAC